CUCAACUAGUCUUCCCGUCGUCGCGUGAGAAAUAGAGAGAGCGAGAGAGUAGAUCGAGAAAAAUCAGAGAUGGACGCCAUUGACAACGUCUUCGAUCCUUUGAGGGAGUUCGCCAAGGACAGCGUCCGACUCGUGAAGCGUUGCCACAAGCCCGAUCGGAAAGAAUUCUCGAAGGUGGCAGUGCGAACGGCGAUUGGUUUCGUGGUGAUGGGAUUCGUAGGGUUCUUCGUCAAGCUCAUCUUCAUCCCGAUCAAUAACAUCAUCGUCGGAUCUGGUUAGAUUCAGCUAAGGUAAGCUUCGAUUCCCCUGGCUUACAGUUCGAUCCUGUUUACUGCAAUUCAGCUCUAGUAGAUCUAGUGACUGGUGCCUUAGGGAAUUGAGGUAGUGCAGAAUACAUGCAUUCAGUACAAAACUUAUGCUGAAAUUCUUUUUAUCAUUAUGAAUGUUGAAUAUAUGAAUGAUGACAAUCAUUAGCAUCGUUGGCCUGUCUGGUAGUUCGCCUAUGAGCUGAAGGGUAAGCUUGGAGUUCCAGGCUUCGCUCCAGCUAAGCUUAAUUUAGCUCUAAUACCUGAUACAAUGAUGCUGAGCAUCCCAUGGUCAAUAACUUGAAAGAAAUUGAAUCGUGCUGGGAAUUUGGCAUAUGUAAGUGCAUUUUCUUGUUUGCUGUCUUUGGGUUUGGAUGGAUGCAUGGGGCAUUGUGUUUGUUUGUAUUUCCUCCCCCUCUUUGGCUACUUCAGCCAAACACUGCUGCGAUUGCAGAUCAAUUGGGGUUUUAGAUUUCGGAUUAGGGAAUAUCCGCAUUAAUACCAUCAAGGUUGCAUUUUCUUGUUUGUUGUUGUCUUUGGGUUUGGAUGGAUGCAUGGGGCCUUGUGUUUGUUUGUAUUUCCUCCCCCUCUUUGGCUAGUUCUGCCAAACACUGCUGUGACUUAGUGAUCAAUUGGGGUGUUUAGAUUUCGGAUUAGGUUAUAUCCGCAUCGAUACCAUCAUGGUCGGAUCUGGUUUGAUUUGGCUACUAGCUUAAAGUUAGGCUGUAGUUCUCAGCCUUUCUUCCAAGAGUUUAGCUCAAUUCUGCUCCAAUACCCAUUCCCAAUGGUUGGUGGUAACUGGAGGAAAUGAAUUGUGCUGGGCGAUAAUCUUGUUUCUCUUUGGUUACGGAUGCAUGUGAAUUGCCUUCAUUAGUUUUCCCCUAUCCACUUCUGCAAGUUCAAUCAAACUGCUAUUUGUUGUUGAACAAAUUUCUUCUUAAAUCAGCGCUUUCAGAUUAAUAGAUUGAUUGAAACACAUAAUUUGUGCAGGUGGUGUUGGGAGGCAUGGAGCAGUUGCUUGGGAAGUGGUUGGUUUGUCUGGUCAUUCCUCUGUAUACUGGCUGCAGCAUCCUAGAGAUGAGAACGACUCAAAAGUUUAGGAAAAGUAAACGAGAUAGUUUUGAAUGUACUCUUCAGUUAUUGUUCUACAUGUUUAAGAUUUGUCAGACUUGAAUUUAUGCUUUGAUGUAGAAUUACUUUUCUCUUGGAAUUAAUCUCACCAUUUGAGUACCUAUCUAGCUAUUUCUUUUUGUUUAAGCACAGUAAAUCUGCCGAUCAGCCAAUCAAUUUCAUUACAGUAA